AUGACGGAGCGCGCCUCCCACACUCUGGCGUCACACACACGGCGGCGACAACGACACACCAUGGAAGCAGAGCUCCAAGUGGACAGAUUCCCCCGGAAGCAGGCAGGGAUGGAAGUGCUGGUGCUGGCGGGCCGGCAGCCCGUCUCGGCUCCCACCACUCCCACGGCGGCGAGUGGCGCCACGUUUGCCGCUCUGUUUCCCACCAGUCUGACCGUUCACAGCUUCGGUAGCCUCCAUCAGUACUGCUGCCCCUCCAUUGACCAAAGCUUACGGCAGGACGACAGCCAUAUCAAGCUGUCGGAGCACAUCACCGUCGCCUGCCCAUUACUGCUGCAUUCAUGCUUAUCUUGGUUCCACUAG